AUGCCUGGGUGGGUGCCCUGGGGAAGGGCUGUCUGUGGGGAUUCUCACACCAUCUGGUUUUCUCACAGGACAGAGCGGGAUGCCUCCAACUGGUCCACAGAGCGGCUGAAAACUCUCCUCCUGCCUGUCAGGGUGGAGAGUGAGGAAGGGGCUUGUGAGGUGACAGAAGUGAGCAAACUGGAUGGAGAGGCCUCCAUUAACAACCGCAAAGGGAAACUUAUCUUCUUCUAUGAGUGGGCUAUCAAGCUGGCAUGGACCGGCACCUCAAAGACAGGAGUGAAAUACAAAGGUUAUGUGGAGAUUCCUAACCUCUCAGAUGAAAAUGACAUCGAUGAAGUUGAGAUCCACGUCAGCCUUGCUAAAGAUGAGCCUGACACUAACUUGAAGACCCUGAUGAAGCAAGAGGGUGCCAAAAAAAUAAGAGAUGCAAUGAAAACAUACAUCAGCACUCUCAAAACAGAAUUCACCCAGGGCAUGAUUUUGCCCACAGUGAAUGGUGAACAUAUGGAAACAACACCUCAGGUGGCUCCUAAAGCGGAAGACCGCAAGACGGCUGCUAGCAGCAGUACUGCCACAUCGCAAUCCAAAUCCGUAGGAGUCAAGAUCCCUACGUGUAAGAUCAGCUUGAAGGACACCUUCUUAACAUCUCCUGAGGAGCUCUACCGGGUAUUCGUUACUCAGGAGAUGGUCCAAGCUUUCACCCACGCACAAGCCACCUUGGAGGCUGAUAAAGGAGGCAAGUUUCAGUUACUGGAUGGCAGUGUCACAGGAGAGUUUGUUGACCUAGUCCCUGAGAAGCAACUUGUUAUGAAAUGGAGAUUUAAAUCUUGGCCAGCUGGGCACUUUGCAACAAUUACCUUGAACUUCACUGACAAAGGUGGCGAGACGGAGGGGCGCUUGGAAGGCAAGGGCAUUGCCAGUGAGGAGGAAAGAACAAAGCAAGGCUGGCAGCGCUACUACUUCGAGGGCAUUAAACAGACAUUUGGCUAUGGUGCCCGCUUGUUUUAAUACUGGUUGCUGGGAAGGCUGUGCCUGAAGACUCUGCCACGUGGACUGAUAAAUUUCUCACCUGUCCCUUUGUAAUCUUGGCCCUGCUGCCGAGUAAAGUGGGAUGACAGGUGAUAAGGAAGGCCAUUGAGCAGCACCACUUUCAGUCCUCACUGCUUUGUGCAUGUCUCGUGCUGCAGGGGAUUCUCUUACAUGUACAUACUUCUAUUGCUAAAUAAACCUAACUUAAAAAAAA